CCGCUGCUGACGUUGAUCGGGUGUUCAUUCAGCUUAGCCGGAAGUCAGUGCGGAGAGAGAAGGCUAAUUAUUACUCUGCUGAUUUGUAGCUCGGAUUGUCCCUUUAUGGUGGAUUUAUGUGAGAAUAUGUGAUCGUGUGUGUGGAAGGUUUCUGUCAGCGUGAGCUCGGUGUGGGAUGUCAGGGUUGGACUUUAAACUCAGAGUUGGAUGUAGACGUCACACACUGUUUCAUAUUCUCCUGACGUAAGCUCACGAAUGUCCCGAACACUAACAGCCAUGAGUGACAGCACGGUGACCAGCGGCCAGCAGCAGUGGUCGGGGCCCGCACAGACACCGCAGCCCUCCAGGGGGCCCUUCAUUUCGGUCUUCACAAACAGGACCACCAACCUGCUGAUCCGUGGGGCCAUGCUGUUCUCUGUGGGCGUCUUCCUGGCCCUGGUGCUGAACCUUCUUCAGGUGCAGAGAAACGUCACCCUCUUUCCUCCUGAUGUCAUCAGCAGUAUCUUCUCCUCGGCAUGGUGGGUGCCGCCCUGCUGUGGCACCGCCUCAGCGAUGAUCGGCCUGCUCUACCCGUGCAUCGACAGCUGUCUGGGUGAACCACACAAGUUCAAGCGGGAGUGGUCGAGCGUAAUGCGAUGCGUUGCCGUGUUCGUGGGGAUCAACCACGCCAGCGCUAAAGUGGACUUUGCCAACAACGUCCAGCUGUCUCUGACUCUGGCGGCGCUCUCCAUCGGCCUGUGGUGGACGUUCGAUCGCUCCCGCAGCGGCUUCGGCCUCGGCGUCACCAUCGCCCUGCUGGCAACGCUGGCGACGCAGCUCCUGGUUUAUAACGGAGUGUUUCAGUAUACAUCUCCAGACUUCCUCUACAUCCGCUCCUGGUUGCCUUGCAUCUUCUUCGCCGGGGUGAUAACGAUGGGAAACAUCGGGCGGCAGCUUGCCUUGUACGAGUAUAAGUUCAAUCAAGAGAAGACCCAUCAGGACUAAGAGAACUCCGUCAGGACUCUUCUCAUUAAGACUUUGCACCAACCUGAAGCAGGUAAUCACAGGUAACUAAGCGGGACCUGCUGGCCCUGAUGAGCGUGCAGGAGGUGGACCCAUCUCCUGACUGACUGACUGACUGAUUGAUUGAUUGGUGCUUUCUGCUGGAGGACAGUAUUUUUGAUCGCUUCGAGAGCGACGGUGAGCGACAGGAGCCGAGUUUGUGGUGUUUUCCUCUCGGCUGGGGUUUAUCUCCGCUCACCUGGAGGGAAGGGAUUAACGGCGGAGCGUCUAUCGUUCUGCACAUCAGCUCAAAUGUUUGAAACCUUUGGCUCCUUUGUGCCAAACACAGACACACGCGGGAUCAGUCUGAACGUCUGCUCUUAUCUCCGGAUUCUUUCACGUAUCAGUGGAGAACACACACAGACACACAGGAACUUAUACCUCCACAGAUAUGCAUCCAUAUACCAGACUCUAUGUAUGUUAUUAGCUCCUGUAUCUAGAGUUGGAUGUUCUUGAUAAAGGAAUGAUGAUGUGGCUGUUCACCUGUCUGUUUCCGGCUGCGAGGACUCAGUGUUCACCUGCAGUAAGUGUCUGCUCACAGGUACAGUAUCAUCGGAUCCAAAGAGAGCUGUAGUUUGGAUUUUAAAGGUGCAGUUUAAAGUUUGGGUAUAGUAUUUAAACAUCCUGACAAAGUGCUCAAAGAGGAGUCCCAGGAGUCACACUCAGCAUUGUUGCACCUCUCUAGCUCCACAAAAGCAUCACCACAAAGACACGACACCUCUUCUGUGCUAAAAAAAAGCCAUGCAUCUUAUACAAAAAUUGUUUCAUGCAUGCAAAGGUUAACCCUGCAGACAUGUUCUCACUCUCAGCUCUUCAGAUCCAGCAACUUUGCAUCAAAUCUAAUGAUCCAGGUACACGUGAGUCAUCACCAGCAGGAUGCAGAGCUGCAGCUGGAGACACAAACGUCAAAUCUCUGUUUUUAUUUCCAGAUAUUUGCAGAGAUUUUGUAUCUUUCAUGAUACUCAGCUGCAAGAAGUAAAUACUGACUGUAGUUUGAACAUAAACAGGUGUAAGUUUGAGCCUUACAUCAUCAUGCAUCAGAGAUUCAUACACUUCUUAUUAAGUCACUUUGUUUUAAAAGACACCAAAUAUCCCCUGUAAGUUGAUGAAUCCAUCUGAACAUGUAUUAAUGCAUCAAAUAUUGAAGCAUAGUCUUCAGAAAUCCAUAAACGCAUCUUUAUCCUUUGUCACAAGGAGAGUCAGUGAGCCCCCUGACUGAACACAAACUGCUCCUGUGUUUUCAUUUGAGUAUAGAUAAAGUUUAAAAUACUUUCCACCUUUUUCAAACAUUAUUUUUCAGUGUUUUGGUGAAAAAUGGUCAAAAAGAACAUUUUCUUUUCCUCAAACAUCCCAGAUUCAAAGUUAAGUGAAGUUAAUAAGUUGAGUCUACAUAUUUAAGACUGCAUCACAUGAAAUUAAAGCUGUGUUAGCUCAACACAUAUAAACAUCUAACCGACUGAUUUUCCCUGUGUUAUAAAAUACUAACCGUGUUUGAGAGUGAGGUGUCGUCUGGAUCUAGCUUGUGUCUUUUGGCGAGUUUUUACAAAAAUGAAAAUACUCUUAAGGCUGAUAUUUAUAUUCCUAAAACAGAGAUGUUCCUGCAAACAUAUUCAAAAUAAAAUCACACACCUGCAGUGUUUAACGUGUUGAGGAUCCUCUCUGUGUGUUUGCGGAGAGGAUGGAUUUAAGACUCUCCUGUAGAAACUAGAAGAUAAAACAUGGAGAGUAGAAACAGGGAGUGUGUUCAUACUCCACUGGGACUGUUUUUAUGAUCAUUUGUGGUAAACUUUGUAAUUAGAGUAAAAGGUGUUUUGGUUGGAGUCAUUGACUUCUGCUGAAAAAUGUGAAAACAAAUGAAGGAGACAUUUUUAAUCUGUUCCUGAGGCUGGCAUGUUUUCUAAGAGCUCUGUAGAAAUUUUUUCAAACAUGAGAAACUGUCAGUUUCGGAUGAACUGUAUCAAAACAGAGAUUAUUACAAAUAAAAACUCCAUGUUAUGAUAAAUA